CCGUGCCCCCGCUCCAGCCUCCACCCACGCCGUCUUCCUUCCUGCAAUCCCGCCCCCGCCCGUGCCGUCUUCCGUGCAUCAUCCCGCCCGCGAGCCCGCGCCGUCUUCCCUGCAUCUCGCCCUCAACCGCGCCGACUUUCUUCCUUGCAUCCCGCGGCGACCCCGCGCUCCCAUACGCUACCCAUCCAUCUCGCCGCUGAUGGCGCCCAUCGUGGGAGGCAGGGUGGGCGAGGUCGCGCGUGUGUCUCCGGUCGUGGUCGUUUCGUUUGGACCGACCGUGGGGCGAUACUGUUUUCAUCCUCCUGCUCUGACUUCUCUGCUUCAUCUGAUCCCCUCUCCCCCACCUGCCAGACUCCCCGCCGUCCACCGCUCGCCGCCCCCGGCUGCCAUCCAACCGCCGGUACAGGGCUCAUCCUCCCGGUCGCAGCCGUGUCCAGUUCCUUCACGAAGAUAGGCGCGUAGACUGGGGAGCUGGAGCGAGGACAAGGAGACAAGGGAAAGGAUGCAGCAGCUGCGCAACCGAAGCAGAUGCACUGGGUGAGGGCCGACUCCUCCGACUUCGGAGGCGACCGUCCCGCCCCCGCAGCGGGCACACUGCGGUUAUCUAUCGUCACAUGCACCCACCGUCACGGCUCCUCCUCCGAUGCUUGCCUCUGACUCCCCGAUUACUCCAUGCGACUUCUUCCAUGCAACAUUCAUCGCCCCUAUGUGGCCUCCCAGUCACCAGCGCCACGACGCCUCUUGUGAAGAGGACGAUUUGUACGGGUAUGGGGGCAUCGUCAAUGAGUGGGGCACGAUUGGGCUGUUGCUGCUCGAGGCGGCAGCCGAGCGGAUUGUCGGGGAUGGGGCCCUCGAGACAUGGGGUGUCGCGGAUAAGGCCACUCGUGUGAAGCUCUGCAUGUUGGGUGUCCCUGUGGGGGUCCAGCGCGAGGGAGAUCACACGCGCUGCACCACGCGGAACGUGUUCGAGGAGCGCCAGCUCCAUAGCCACCUCCAUCGUGUCGCCGUGGCUGCCCUCUCCAUUCAGGUACCUCCCACGCCACCAUGAAAGGUCUUCCGGGAGCACAGGGACAAAGAGCCCUAGGAUUCCAUCAUGCCACCGGUAACCAGUCCCACAGCCAAAGAUUUCUUAUCUGACUCAACCUUCAUGUUAGUUGUGGCCUUCCUUCUGAAGCGGGUCCGACAGAACGGAGGGCCCCAACCAUAGCGGGUGCUCCUAUUGCAACCAACUCAGAUGUGAGUGUGAGUGGAAGUGGUCCAACCAGCGAAGCCUCUGGUCUCCAGCAACGCACCAGGUGAUUGGAGCCAAUGCCGGCACUCCAUGACCAGCUAAUUCGUCUGCUGGUUUGUUGUCGUCCUAAUGGAAAGAUUCAUCCGAAUACCUUUGUGAUGAUAAAAAAUUACCAAUUUUUUUAUGCACCUAAAUGUUAAUAGUUCAUACUUGUGCUGGUUUGAUUCAGCCAUUCAGGGUGUAGUAGUUGGGACAAUCACAUAUCUUAGUAACUUGUAUGGC